AUGUUCUCAAAUUUGGUUAUAAAGUAUGUAAAAUUGCUGAAAAAUGAAACAGAAUAUGUAACAUAUGCCCUGAGCCCUACAUUGGCAGACCGACCUGAUUUGUUUGUCUGCAAGAUACACAUUAAGCAGAACGUAUCCGAGGAUCAGGAAGAGGACAUCAAAGUGCUGACAUCCACAGAGUUUGACAUCCACUGGAUGCUACCAGUUGCCCCCCCUAUGGACUUAUACAAUCUUGGUUGUUAUUCUGGUGGUCCAGAAAGCCUAAGAUCUGCUCCACAAAGGAGUUCACACCCAUUGCCAGGAGGUGAACUGCAGAGGCAUGGUGGCAACCACUUUCAGUUGAGACCAAACCAGCAGUAUUACCAGCAAGACCCAUACCUACAGAAUCAACCUAGGUUUCAAUCCAACAUUGGUGGUCAGCAGGAAUACUUCCAAUCUCAAACAGCAAGGGAGAUGGUUGUACCAGGCCAAUACCAAGCAAAUCCACCACCAUUUCUACCCAACUUUGGCAACCAAAGGUUGCAACAAGGCAAUUUCCAAUCUCAGACACCACCUGGUGAGUCAACAGGACCAAAUAUACCCCAUCAGCAACAAGUAGAAUCCCAGCAUAGCAGACUACCUCAGGAGCCAGUCACUGACCUCCAUCUGCAGGAACAAGGUGGUGACCACUUUCAAACAAGGAGGAAAUCAGGCCAUGAUUUCCCACCUUUACACCCACAACAGGACCCUGUGGCUGCUGGGGAUCAAGACCAGAGUGUAACUGAUCCUCAAACCACCAGAACAAUGGGAAAUGAAGCUCUUAACCAGGCCCAUGGGAAUAAUCAGUUAGAAAGAUUACCUACGGCAGUGACACAUGGGAUUGCUGGGGUUCUAAGACAGCUCCCUGCUAACACAGGCAACACAAAUGUUACUUUCAAUUUGCAGCUGGUAAAUCAAUAUUAUAACUCAGAAAAGGCAUCAAUGACACACAUGAGAGAGAACGAUGUGACAACAUCGUUUCAUAAACAUAUCCCUCCACGUGUGAAAAAACGACUGAAUGAGACACUUUGUCAAGAUGAUGUAUGGGACCAAGUGAAGAAGAUGUAUGGCAUUUCAGAUGAAACCCCAUGUCCUCCUGAUGUUGUGGCUUUUUUGUUGUCUCAAGUUGAGGGUUCUAUUGCAUCUUUCAUCAGUGUGUUGUUAAAGUUAAAGGGAUGCCACACAGAAGGAGAACUAGACAUUCCACAAGAUUUGAUUGAUGAAGUCAAGAAUGGACUUAAGAGUGAAAUGGAGUAUAAGAAACUUAGACAGAAUGGAAUUCGCUUUGCUGAAGAAAUUCAUAUUGACAUUGGAAGAAUUUUGAAUUACUUUUAUCAGUAUGAUAUGAUACCCGAUGAGGAGAUUACAGUGCUUAGAAAUAGUGCCAGGGAAAAUCCACAUGAUGCCUGUAGAAAGUUGUUUGAAAGACUAAUUGCAAGCAGUCCUGAAAAACGACCCAUCAAAUGCUUGAAAGAUGCCCUCAGACAAUGCCAACAUUCUCAUCUGGCAGAUGAACUAGAAGUUAGCAGCCAGGAUGUAGAGGAUGAAUUACAGAAACAGGAAGUUGGAAGUGAUCGGCCUUUUUGUGAAGAGCCGUUGGCGUUAGGAAUUUAAGCUCCACCCAUACCCUAUUGGAGCACAUUAAAACUACGGUGUUUGACAGUAUGUGUCAA